AUGGGAAAUAAAGCUUCUACCGCCAGAAAACUUCAGCUGGAAGUUAGCCACAAGUCCGAUUCAUUUGUACGGUCCAAGGUUAACCAGCUUCCUUCGAGCGAACUAAAACAGAAGUUUAUCGACCAACAGCAAGGUCCUAAACCAAAUGUUCCACAAGUUGAAGGGAAAGAUGGAUUUGAUCCCCAAAUGACUCGACAAGAGUCCCGAGAUUUCAUCGACACCAUAACCAGUUUAGGCCGAGUAAUCGAGUCUAGUUCAGAUGUUCCUCACAAGCAAGAUUCGGUUUCUAUUGAUCAGUUGAAAAAUCGUAAGAAAUUGGAGACCUCUACACAAGAAUUCAGUGCCCAGCAGUUGACGGCCCUUCUAAACGAGAUCCAUGACUUGCGGUACACUAAGGAGCAAGUUCUCAAGGACUAUGACUUGAGUGAUAGUUGGCUUCUAACUUUGAAUCGAUUCAAAGUAGCUAACACCUAUAAAGAAUUCAAAGAACACAAGAAAGACGAGAUCACUCACCACGGGAUUUUUGAGGAUAAGACGCUCAUCGAUGAAGAACUACUUCGAGAGAGCAGGCUAUCAGACGAGUCAUCGGCCAAAGCCUUGGAAGACAGAAUUAGUGUGGAUAAAUGA